AUGUACGAUCCGCUGAGACGACCCGAAAUUGUACUUUCCAUUCAGACUUGUUUUGCGACGGACUCGCCGAACUUCUCCGACAUGAACAGACUCCACAACUUGAUCGCUUCGAUGUGCACUCACCCGGACGACGAAACUGUUCAGAUUUUGGAAAACGGAGUUUCGGACCGCGCUCGCUUUUCCUUCAAAAUGUUCCGUUUUACGGAGUCCUUCUCGUACAUUUACUUGCACUGCGAAGUGAGGGUCUGCAACUCGACGGCCGAAACGUGUGUUGGGUCGCAGGGAUUAUGUAACGGCGGUCAAUGGUCCAGAAGAAGAAGAGCCGCGGAAGUCGCCGAAGGACCUGCCGCGCCGGGCGAGACUCAGCAAUUCAUAUCCCGUGGACCUCUCAUUGCUUAUAUGCAAGAGAACGCUGGCGAAGGCGAUUAUACAGUAACGUCGCUCUUCCUCGAAGAAGAUGGAGUGAGCUACAUUCUUGGCAAUCCAAAGCUUUACAUUUUCGGCACUGUGGCAUCGGGAGUUAUUUUCGGCGUCGUGGUUGGACUGACGAUGAUCAUUUUCAAGCAUAAGAAGACAGCGAAGGUGCAACGCGAGGAGUUUAAAAAUUUCGAGCAAAUCCAAAGCAUUUCAAAGAUUCUCGCUGGUUGCCGACCUGGCGGCGCUACCUUCGGCCGCUGGACGCUCAAGAGGCCUGAUUUCCAGAAGACCUAG